AGAAAAAUUGUUCAGAAUGCAAGAAGUUGCUCGAAACGAAAAUUUGCUCGAAAUACGAGAAGUUGCCAAGAAGUUAAUUGCCGAGCAAAUUGUGGAAAGCCCUAAUUUUCACAUCCAAGAUUAUCGCAUGCUCAUGCUCGGAUGCCAUAAGGGUAAAAAUGGCUGAGAAACCCAGACAAACGGCAAAGAUCGAGCUAAAAAGACUGGUUAAACAAAGAAAGAAAGAGUUUUAAAAUCUGGGAGAAAUAUUAAGCCAAAACUGGAGGCCGGAAAUAUUUGCCGAAAACGGGGGGUUUCCGACCAAAACGGGAGGGUUGGAAUCUCUGCUGAUAUGAUUAUUAUCCUUUAUUAUUGUUUGAGCACUGAUGUUAUUUGAAGAAAUCAGAUACUGGUCAGUUUUAGGGCUUAACACACAGAGAUCUUCAUGACGAAUCAAUAAGGAAUGUUUAAACAGAAUGCAAUGUACUUGUAGCUAAAUAUGCUUUAUUUUUUUAUUUUUACUUACUUAUUUGCCUAUUUUUCGGUGAUUUUACAGCCCAACGAAACGGUUAUUGUGUCACCACCUCCCGAGCGUCCACCCUCUCAUCUUUGUCUGUCAAUAGUAACCUGCCUGUUUUGUUUUUGGCCACUCGGUUUAGCCGCCCUUUGCUUCUCUUGCUUGGUAAGAACCACGUACAUGUAUUGUUUUUUUUUUUAUUCGUUCAGUAGGCAUGAAAGAAACAAUAUGAUUUUAACAUACUACAAAGCCGAUAGAAAGGACCCUUUGUUUAAACAAAGAGGGAAAUCGCCUGAAUUAAUGUUUAUUUUUCCUUUGUUUCGUUCUUUUUGUGGAAGGACUCAGGGGCGUACCUGCCUCAAAUAAGCAGGGGCUUACAAGUGAUUCCAACAGGAUGAUAUAUUGUGUUUUAAAAAGAGAUGUACCGACAACUGAAGAGCCGUGUAUUUUCCUCUGGUCGGUCAUCUCGUACAAGAACUAAAUGACAGGGCUCUGUCACAAGGGAAUCGUUUCUUAAGACGAUAUCUUGUUCCAGAAAGCUUUCAACAGCGGAGUACAAGAUAAGCUUAAAAGAAACCUACAAAACCAAUCUUUCAGAGAAGAGAGACUUUCACAAUGAAAAUUUAAGGUGGCGAACAAAGUAGUCUCAUUCAACUGAUGAAAAACCAGUGACACAUCUCACAGAGACACUCCAGCACGCUAAUCCGGACCUUCAUCCCAACGUGGUCACAAUUAUUACCAUACUCCUGACAAUGCCAGUGUCAACUACUACCCCCGAACGAUCUUUUAGAAUGAUGCGCACAGUGAAGACGUACUUACGUUCCACGAUGAAAACAGAGCUACUCGCAGCACUCGCUUUGAUGCAUGUUUACAGAGACAUACCCAUUGAUGUAGAAGCCCUUAUUCGCAGAUUUUGCGUCAAAAAGAAGGGACGUCUAGCUGUCGAAUUUCUUUGAGUUCCACCAAGAUUUCAGAUGUUUGCAACUAAUGUGUCGCUAGUCAGGUCAUUACGUUGUUGGUGUUGUUGACCACCACCACAUCUGGCUGCAUUUUGUUAAAUAUUCCAUUAUUUCUUGUUCAAUGUGGAAUCCUGGCAUUUGCCACUUAAUUUAAGCGCCAGAUUACACCAGAUUACACCUCAGAGUACUUGAAUUUUCAGAAUUUUCCGGGAGGGCAUGUCCCCAGAUCGCCCUAGCAUGUCGCGCAUUGAGCUCUCUUUAUGGGUGCUUGCUCCACCAUGGCUUACAAACAAAAAAUGGCUACGAAGGUCCCUGAAUGUGAUAAUUUAUCUUCGCUUGUAAGAGCUCGUUCCUCUACCCCCGGGUCAGUCAGGGGAUAGCCCCUUUGCUUAAUAAUGCGUCUAUUUUUUUUCAUUUCAUUUUGCAUUGAUUCAAAUCCAUAUCGAAGAGGAAUUUUUGAGUACUUUUGGCGUUAUACUUUCUACUACUUGUUUGGGAAGCAAGGAUGUCGCAGUGGUGAGAAAACAACUCGCCUCCUUUAAUGUGGCCCGGGCUCAAAUCCUGGUGGCGACGCCAUAUGUGGGUUUAGUUUGUUGUUGGUUCUCUCUCUUGCUCCGAGGGGUUUUUCAUCAGGUACUCUAGUUUUUCCCUCUCGUCAAACAAACCUGGAACGCACGGACGCAUGAGUUGAAACGAGUACUUAACAGCUACUAAGUAAAGAGCCUGUUUAUAUGGAGGUGGGGACCCCGGAUAGGUGAGGUAACAUGCGGCGGGUUACCCUACCUGUCAUGUAAAAGUGAUAAAAUUCAAAUAAGAGAUCAUAUGGACAGGCGGGUUACCCCACCUAAGCGGGUUACCUCACCUACCUGGGGUCCCCCACUUCCAUGCAAACAGGCCCUUAGUGCCUUGAGGGUAAACAAAUUACCGCAACAUAUACUUGCGGUAUAUUAUAUAAUUAUCAAUUACUAAUAGACGUCGUUGUCUCAGUUAAGUAAAAAAAAACACCAAACACAAAAUAAAACAAAACUUUUAGUUUCUACCAAGGAAAGGAAAACGCCUCCAAGGAAACAAACUCUCGUAGCCUGAAUUUAAACGCCCAGUUACUCAUGUUCAGUUUGUUGCUAUUUUCUCGCAGGUUGAUAGCUCAUACGACGCGGGAGAUUACCAGAGAGCCUUAAGCCGCUCAAACACUGCCAAGCUGUUGAAUAUCGUCUCUAUAAUAUGUGGCAUGGUUCUUAUUGCUGUAAUAUUCUUAGUCCGAGUGAACAAGGCAAAUACCACUAUUUACAUUUACGAUCCUUACAACUAG